GGCGAACGGCGGGAGGAAGGAGGGGCCGGAGCCGCGGCGCCGCCUGCAGAGAGCGCUAGGAGGCCGGCCCUGCGUGUGGCCGCGCGCAGUGUCGGCGACGACUCACCCGGGGCGCGGGCAGGACAGCGCGGGGCCAUGGCCGAGGCGGCUCCGGGAUGGCAUACAGGGACCGACCUCCAACAGGAGGCCCAGAUCCAGUCUGCAGAGAUCUCCCUUCUGGCCAUCUUGGCUGCUGUGCAGGCUGUGGAGAGGAAGAUGGAGUCUCAGGCUGCACGACUUCAAAACUUGGAAGGGCGAACUGGGACAGCUGAGAGGAAGGUGGCCGACUGCGAGAAGAUGACCUUAGAGUUUGGCAACCAGCUGGAGGGCAAAUGGGCCAUGCUGGGGACCCUGCUGCAGGAGUACGGGCUGCUGCAGAGGCGGCUGGAGAACAUGGAGAACCUGCUGCGAAACAGGAACUUCUGGAUCCUGCGGCUGCCCCCGGGCAGCAAGGGGGAGGUCCCCAAGGUGCCUGUGAUUAUUGAGGAUGUGGCUGUGUAUUUCUCAGAGCAGGAGUGGGGCAACCUGGAAGACUGGCAGAAGGAACUCUACAAGCAUGUUAUGAAGGGGAACUAUGAGACCCUGGUCUCCCUAGACCAUGCCAUCACCAAACCAGAGCUCCUGACCCCAACGGAGAAAGAGCAAGAAGCGGGCAGCCACAGCCAGCCCAGUGUAGAAGGGGACGAGAGCCCUGGCUGCCACAGCACUGAAACAGACCCCUUGGAAUCUACCCAAGAAGUUCUGCCCUGGAUCAAGCAAGAGAAAGAGGCCUGUGGGAGGAACCAGGAGGUCCCAGAGGAGAUCUCUAUGCACAUAUACUCAGCAGAGGACUGGCUGGUCAGCAAAGAGAAGAGGAGCCAGGGGAGAGAUUCUCAUUUUCCGCAGCCAGCCUGGGCAGUGGAAGGGGCACGUGACAAAGAGGGCUUAGAGCGGGACAUCUGUGAGGAUCCGCCUCUGCCGGGGACUCCGCCGGGCAGGCCUCUCCCCAGGGAGAGAGACGUGGGCCCCCUCCCUCUGGGCCCUCAGAGCGCGGCCGUGCCAGCAGCGGGGCAGUGCUACUCCCGCACCGAGUGCCCCCAGAGUUUCGACCAGAAGGAGCCCUGGGCACAGCACCAGCGCGCCCAUCACGUGCCGCGGCCCUUCGCCUGUCCGCAGUGUCCGAAGAGCUUCGCACAGCGGGCCAACCUCGCCAGCCACUCCCGGGUGCACACAGCCGAGCGCGCCUACACCUGUGCCCAGUGCGGCAAGAGCUUCAUCCACCAGUCCACCCUCACCACCCACUACCGCACGCACACGGGGGAGAAGCCGUACCCGUGCGCCGAGUGUGAGAAGCGCUUCAGCCGCCUCUCCACGCUGCUCGAGCAUCGGCGCACGCACACCGGCGAGAAGCCGUACCAGUGCGCCCAGUGCGAGCGCCGCUUCAGCCGCCUCUCCACUUUGGUGGAGCACCGGCGCACGCACACCGGCGAGAAGCCGUUCCAGUGCGCCCAGUGCGAGAAGCGCUUCACGCGCCUGGCCAACCUCACCGUGCACCAGAACAUGCACUCGGGCGAGCGCACCUUCAAGUGCGCCCAGUGCGGCAAGCGCUUCGCGCAGAGACCCAGCCUCCUGCGGCACCUGCGCAGCCACUCGCAGGAGAAGCUCUAUCCUUGUGGCCAGUGCGGCAAGAGCUUCAUCUGUCAUUCCUGGCUCGUGCGCCACCAAGGCAGCCAUGCCAGCCAGGACUCCCGGUCUUGUGCAGCCUGCGAGAGGGGCUCCCCGACCAAAAAGCCACCCGCAGAAUCCCCCAAAGGUGCCGUGAGGAAGAAGCCCCCUAGUGACCCAACGGUCACACCCAGAUCAGAGGGUGCCAGGACGGAGCCGGACCACGGGGGGCGCCACGGGGGCAGGCAGCCGAGGGGCGGUGAUCCCGAGGGCCUAGGGGUGUCUCCGUACAGUUCUGUCUCCUGCGUGAAGAUGGAGAAUGCAGGCUAGCACCCUAAGGGCCCCCCUAAAAGGACCACUGAGAGCAGAAGGGGAUUGGUGUCGUAUGGAUUCAAACCAUCUCUCCUGAGGGGAGCUUCAGAGUACGUCUGUGCUGACGACUAGGCUUCCCAGGACUGUAGGGUGGGCAAAGGGCUCAAGGGACUUCUUGCUGCAGCCUGUCGGAGCAGCCUGGAUGGAGGCGGGGCCCCAGGAGUCAGCUCCAACCUUUGGGCAAACCUUUAGGAUCUUGGGCUUCACCCUACAGAACU